AAUGACAAACUUGAUAUAUAAGAAAUUCAAAUUUUCACAAAAGUAAAUUAUUAGGAUAUUAUUUGGUUUUUAAUAAUGAGCAAUAGGAAAUCGAAAUUACUGAAAUCGCUGGAGGAUUCUGUGCCGCCCAUCGAUCAUGAAGACGUCGUCCGUCUGAUCGCCGACCAGAUUCGCCAGCCUCUCAUGGAUCCAAUUGAACGGAAUCGGAAUAACAAGGAGGAUCUGAGCAUCCUGCACCUAGAAGAUGCCAUCAAAUUCAGGGAUUCGAUGAGUACAUUCCAUAUUUCGCCUACAGCAGAAUCUCUUGAUGAGGUGAUGCCCGUAAAGGAUGAGGAUCUUGGGGAGAUGAUUGAGAUUCUUACUGACUCCAUUCUCGUUGAGGAAGAUGAAGGCGAAAAUGAAGAUGAAGAAGAUAACUAUGACGAUGAGGAUGAGGAUGAGGAGGAUGACGAAAACGAUGAAGAUGUAGAUGAGGUAGAAGACUUGGGCGAUGGCGAAGAAAAUGUUAAGACGGGCGAUAGUCAGAAAAUAGAUCAUAAAAAUCAUAUAUUUGAUUAAAUUUUCAUUUCAUAUGAGAAAAAGCUAAUA